AUGCCAUCGUUGGAGGGACUUUUGGACAUCAUUCUCGCCAAUGAUAAACGAUGGGAAACACAAAGGCAGCUCAUGAUUGAUCGAACCACUAAUAUUAAUACUGUUUCCGCUCUGGUACUACCUACGGCUGCUGCGUUCUUAACAACUAGCAGUCCAACAGCUAUCGUCAAUUGGAGUCACACUCUGCCAUACGUGUGUUUCUUAGCCGGCGGCGUCUUUGCGACAUUGUCUCUUCUGAGUGGUCUUGGUGUCUUAGGGUUCGUCAACACUCUGCAAUCCGAUGCCGUCAAAGAAAUGCUCUACAACAAACGGAAGUUCUUCGAGAGAAUUACGCUACUAAUGAUGCCCUUCCUCUGCUUGUUUAUGGCCGGACUGAUAUUGGUCGUUGGGUUUGUUGGUGCAGUCUGGCUCGGAAACAGCACAUGUGCAAAGACGGUCAUCACGACCGGGUUCGCAUUCUUCAUUCUCAUGAUAUUCAUGACAUUCGAUUCACUUUUUGUAAACAAAGUCAAUGUACAAGGCUACGAGAAUAUGGAGAGGUCGCGAGCCACGCAAUGA